AUGUCACUACGCAGUGGCUUCCGUGGGUCAGACAAAAAGGCGUCGCCAGUAGACAGUCCCACUGACUAUAAAGCUGAGACAGACACCAGUCCUCUGAAUUCGACGCCCACCGAUAAGCGCCAAGCAGCCGACAACGUGGAUCCAGUCUUCGCUGGUCAGCCCGCCUCUAAGAGGAGUCGCAAACGAAAUGGGGACGUCUGUUCCUGCCGCGAAGCCUUCUAUCUCUUCUGUUCAUGCACCACAGUUCGUGGGAUGUGCAAACUCAGCAAAGGACCUCGCUUUUUGCGCUCGGCCUGGUCAGUCUUUGUAGUCUGUACCACCUGUCUCCUUAUUGUCUCUGUCAUCCUGCUCAUUCUUGACUUUCUCAACUACGACGUUGGAGUACACACACGUCUUCUCCUCGAUGAUCCCUCCCCGUUUCCGGCCAUCACGGUUUGUCAUCAUUACCCCUUUUCAAACGAGGCCCGGCGUUUGUGGAAGGAGGGCACGAUACUUUCGCCGGGGCGUUUUAACCGGUACCUACGCAAUCUCACCCUGGGUUAUCUGUUGGAAAAUGAUGUCUCAGCUGCAGAGGCCAUAUCCUUUUAUGACAGUUUAAGCGUGUACUACCAGAACCUGGACCCGGCUGAUGCAAAGAGACUGGGCCACAGCUAUGACAUCUUUCUGAACUGCAUGCGAGUGGGGUCACAUGUGAGUUACUUUGAGGACGACUGUAAUACGCUAAAUGGCUACCGCAUUCGACAAUUCUCGCAUCAUCAGUACCUUAACUGUCAUACUUUUGAGCCAACAGAUUUAGCUGGCUCAGAGGAGACUACUUUUCUCAGCCUCAUCAUCGGCAUGGGUCCAAAGGAGAGUAGCGAAGACGACGAGCAGGCCUUUCUGCCUGAUGUUUUCGAACAGGCCAAAGGUCUCCGAGUGGUAGUUCACGAACCGGGCACCUAUCCAGAUUUGGAAAAAUUCGGUUUGCACGCAGAACCGGGCAAACUCAAUGAAAUCGGCUAUGAACCCCGACGGUGGACCAAGAAGAACACACCCAGGCGACCCUGUCAAACUUUUAACGCUUCUCGGGGCUACUUGGAUCUCGAUCAAUGGUAUACUUACACUCACGAGCAGUGCCUGCUUCUCUAUCAACAGAAGGAGAUUAUUGAGGAGUGUGGGUGCCAUUAUGUCAUGAAUCCACGACCAUCAUCUCCUUCUAAUAUGACACCCUACUGCGGUCGGAUGUGGCCAAACUUGGACAUUAAUAUUUUUACCAAAAGGCUGGACUGUCUUAGACGCAAACUGGACAUCAGUGUGAAACGCAAGUACGACGGUACUGUCUGUCUUCCACGUUGCGAGUACUAUACCUAUGAUACGACCAUUUCUAUCACAAAAUGGCGAGCUAAAAUCUGGAAUCUGUACUGGUUACGAGUGCAGAAUCGUGCAGUGCGACUGGCGGAAGACUUUGUUAAGAAGCAUCCCAACCGAAGUAUAACAGAAUCGGUUGGCUACAAAAUGUGGCGCAACUAUCUGGUACAAGAGGAUCUUCAAAAUAUUCCUGAAGAGGCCCGGCUAAAUGAGUCUGUACGGCCAGAUCAUAUCGUACCCCUACUGUCAGACAGUAUGAGCCGAUUUCACCUGGACAAUGAAAGUUUUGCCUACAUAAUUCUCAAACGCAAGUCUCCCAACACGAUAGACAACACGGAGAAGCUUGUGCUUACACUCAACGUCUUAGCCUCUCGCAUAGGCGGUCUCUGUUCUGUGACUAUAGGCAUAACUGCAGCCUUCGUCAUCGAGGUGGUUGAGUUUAUCUACCUGCUGAUUCAGAGAAGAAGAGCAGGAGAAGUGACCGCUGCCGGAGAAUUCCAGAAGAACGAAGAGCAAGAAGUGCACAGAGAGGAAGAGGAGGAAGCGGUAGCAAUGGGAAAGGACCCCUCUAGACUUGUCUGGGAAAAUGGACAAGCUAUGGAGUUGGAACCGCAAUUCCCCGAUAAACGGGACUUAGGCUAG